GGCUGGCUAUCUUAUCUCCAUGGUUACUGUCGUGUUCAAACACUGCUCCUUGCAACCCAAUACAAACGGUGACGUACGGCAAGUGAAAGUCCCACAACUCCAAUCCGUCUGCCUGGGAAAUCUUGACAUGGAGUCUGAAGAAGGCUACCUUGCCGCAAUAAAGGAAGCAGCGUGCGCACUAGUUGAAAGAGCUAUGAACAAUGCCCAAGAAAGUCUGAGAACGGAAUACCAGUGUCAACUGCAAAAACACGAAGAUCAGGAAUAUGUAAUCAGGAACAUUGAGUGGCUCCCAUGCAAGGAUUUCACGGUGGAGCUAGGAAAGAAACAGAUUGAAGAGUAUAUCAAUACAUGGGAAUUUCACGAAAGCUGGUUAUACUGCACAGACUUUUUGAAAGAAGAAGAGGUAGAGUUUAGUAAACUAUACCAUUAUAAAAUGACAUGGAGUAUCCCAACCUGCCGGAGACCUAUACCAAGAGCAACGGCUUGUGUGUACUUCACUAUAAAAAUCUCCAAAAUCAAACCUGCUACUUUACCUGUACAGGUUUAUUUUAUCUUUGAAUCAACCAGACUCGUGCACAGGCCUGGACAAACAAGAUUUCGAGAGAGAUGGCUGAAGGAUAUUAUCGAAAGCAAGAUUAUGAUGAUGGACAAUAUCACAUUUUAACUGCGCUCACAUUUCUAACUGCACUCUUCAUAAAAUACAAACAAAAAUCCCUGCUUCUUAAAGUAAGGAACCAAAAAACAAGGAACAAAUAUACACAGUGGCUAUGUCAAGAGGUUUAUCAAUUAUUUUUACACCCUGACACUCUACAUUUAGCUAUGUAUUCCAUUUUAUUAUAUGUGUGUAUAAUAUAUUUUAAAAGUGGGUCACCGGAUGGACAAUAAAAUUCUAGACACACGUUGCUCUGUCUGUUUUGUUGGAGCUUGCUGUUUGACGUUGGGAGGGCUUUGGACUCCUCUGUUAUGUUGCUUGCAGGUUUUGUGUGUCUGAAGCUGUCACGGUGACAUGAAUUAGUUCCAUAUUUUGUAUUUUCUCUUUAACUUGCAAAAAAUAAAGAACUACUAAAAUGAA